GAGUUUCUCUUCGCCGGUAUAACAGUUUUUCAUGCUCCAGUUUUUCGUCCUGGCAUCUCUGUGAGAAAUUGUGUCAUUAGGUGCAUUUGUUUUCGUUUUCCUGACCAGUCCCACCUCGAACCACCCACUCAGCCUCCCAGUCCCGACACCACAUCCAGUGCCACUCAACCCUUCCGCCCCUUCUGUUGUUGCUGUUUAUUUGCUUCAUCUUCAUGCCGUGUCACUUUUCGAGUGCAAGUGUGUGUCAACCUGGCGCCGCUCAUCUAACUAAAUGCCAACAAUUAUGUUUUGGAGUCUCAUUAGUUGCAACUUAAAGUGUUCUAAUGUGUUGCCGUGUGUGAAGAACGAUGCCGUUAAUGAUGUAAGCGGCAGCUGUGAGUUGGAUACUGAAAGCUGGAAACUGGAUGCUGAAAUCUGAAAGCUGAAUACCGAGUGCCAAAAGCUGGGCGGGCAGACGGGUUUGGGUGCCAAGAGCCAACAGAUGCCAGCGGAAUCGAGUCAAGUGGGCUCUAUAUGCCCGCCCAUAUAUAUAUUUUUUGGGGUCGAGUUCGUGCCACGCGGCGUUUUGUUAAUUGGUAUUACCUGACCUACACUUGGAAAAAUGCCAUAUGACUUAAUCAAUAAUUAUAAUGCUAAUAAAAAUAAAUUGUAAUAU